AUGCCUCCGAAUACUCCUAGCAAUGUUUCAAAUGAACAGACUAAAGGUUUGCCAUUCCAACAGUUUCCCGACCUUCCCAAUGAGAUCCAGCGCUUCAUAUACUCUCUCGUCGACGUGCCGCUGGUGUGUCGAGCCUACGUGGCAUUCGCUCCUUACUGGAGUGUUGGCCCAGCCGCCGAUUACCUCAAAAAGCGCACGGUAAACGUGUCUCUUGUGGCCACUACCAGAAGCGAUACGGCCAUCAAUUUUGAUACUCUCGCUAAACUACCUCCGUGUGAUGUUAGUGUUGAAGCAACGGUGAGAACGUGGCCUCACACGACUCGCCGGCUUGACCAGGUCACAGUGAGACUGCUACUGGUGGAUAUGAAUGGGGAGUUUGGUACGCGGUUCCACGGCAACUUCCACGACUUGAAACACCCUCUCAAGUCGCUUAAGCUUUUCAGCGUCUCCCUCAGCACAUCCCAGAUCCCCGCCAGCGUACAACAUCUCCAAUUAAGCUUGUGCUCGCAGUCAUUUAUGAGAAACUUGGACACGUUGGAAAACCUUGAGAAAUUGGUCCUCGACAGUCUCCUCGAUAACCAAAUCACACUACCCCACUCGCUCGUUGAUAUCUCACUCGCCGGUGAGUUUCACGUCGACUGCAACUUGCCUAAGCUUAGAGUGGCUAGAGACUGCGAUAGGUACAACCUUCCCUGGAGUCAAAUGGAAACGGUCACCGACUGCGAUGGUAUCCCUAAGGUGACCAGUUUGGACAAUUUACGAAGCAUCCAUGUCCGCUCACUGGCCGUCCCCGUGUCGUUUCGAGGUAUUUGGUGCCCCAAACUCACCGUGGUGAAAAUCUUUGGUUACCGUGCUGAUUUCCGUAUUAAUGAUGAUGACGCCUCAUCGAUGUUUGAUGAUUCGCAAAUGGCACAAUUGACCGAAUUGAUUGCUCCUGACUUCACCGUAACUAAUUUCACUCCGUUUGAGCUGCUUCAAAACGUCCACGUGAAACUUGUUGAGCCCUUGACAGAUAGACUUGUUUUACCAUCAGCAUUGGAGACGCUUGCAGUUUCAACAGAAGUCCCUGUGACAGGAGUUCCCUCUCAAAUUAAAACCCUCUGUGUCGCUGCCAACCAUAACGACGUUUCCAUUGCUUCUGACAAUUUGCGGAGUGUGACUUUAUCUCAGGCCCAUGACGUCAUCCUCCUGUGUCCUCGACUUACGUGCUUGAAAGUAAGCGAGUUCUCCGGCAGUAUCAAGUUGGAUAUACCUAAGCUUGAAUCUGCCGACAUUGAUGGUGGCAAAUGCGAUGUGGUGUCCGUUUUGAGUCAAAUCAGCGCCGCUUCUUUGAAGAUAAGCUAUUGCUCUUUUCAAAGCUUGAUACUCAAUAACCCUAUGGACCGAUUGGUGUUGAACGGUUGCAAACUCGAUGAACUUACAGUGGAAGCGUGGGAAGUGGAUAUCCGUAUGACAAUCAUCUCUCGGCGUACGAGUAUCACCGCCGACACCGUCAAUAUCCACAUCUACGAUGAAGAAGUACCCGCAAAAUUAAGCUUACGCUGUCGGAAGUUGUCUACGCCUAUCUUGGAUCCCCGGUGCUACCGUGACGUGGAAUCGCUUACUCUCUGGCCCAAAGACCACGCGUCAUCAAAGUUCAUCCCCCAUAACACGUUGACACCAAACGCAUUGGUGGACUGCCAGGCAUUGGAGAAGCUAGAGCUCAAAGAGAUUUCCAUCGCCAGCACCAAGGACGACCCUCUCGUCAUCCCGGCUACCGUCAAAUCGUUGAUUAUCAAGGACAUUAUGGCGGACGAGUUGUGGCUUGAAUUCAGAGACGAAUCCCGACUCGAACACUUCGAAUUGACCUUGUCUGAGUAUGCAGCUAACGACUCGCCUUGUUUUACCAUGGAAACCCUUGGCCUACACCAAAAACCCCCGUCCUUCUACUGUCCUCUCCUCGAGAACUAUCACUAG